AUGGCCCUUCAACAAGACCCCGUAUACACUGGCCCCGUCAACACUGGCCCCGUCAACACUGGCCCCGUCAACAAUGGCCCCGUCAAGUUUGGCCCAGUCAACACUGGCCCCGUCAACACUUACUACGUCAACAAUGGCCCCGUCAAAUCUGGCGCCGUCAACAUUGACCCAGUAAACACUGGCCCUGUCAAGAAUGGCUCCAUCAACAAUUGCCUCGUUAACAACAGCCCCGUCAACACUGGCCCUUCAACAAUGGCCCCGUCAACAAUUGCCCCGUCAGCAAUGGCCCCGUCAACAAUGGCCCCAUCAACACUGGCCCCGUCAACAAUGGCCCCGUCAACACUGGCCCCGUCAACAAUGGCCCCGUCAACAAGGGCCCCUUUAACACUGGCCCCGUCAACACUAUCCCCGUCCACAAUGGGCCCCUUCAACACUGGCCCCGUCAACACUGACCCGGUCAACAAUGGCCCCGUCGACACUGGCACCAUCAAUGGCCACGAGAACAUUGGCCACGUCAAACAAUGGCCCAUUCAGCAAUGGCCCAGUUAA